AUGUCUACCUUUACACGUCUUGUUCGCUUCCUGGCCAAGGAUGGCCAGAUCUAUUAUGGCGAUGCUAUUCUCCCAUCUGGAGUGAGCGACAUUGCCAAAGCCACCAAGGCAAGAGUCAUUCAGGGUGAUAUAUUUGGCCAGUAUCGGAUCCUCGAUCAAGUGGCGGAGAUCAAAUUGCUUCUUGCGCCUUUGGCCCGUAAGGAUAUUGGAACAGUUCGCUGCCUGGGACUCAACUACGAGCAGCAUGCCAAAGAGUCAAAUCUGCCUAUUCCCAAGUAUCCAGUUCUGUUUUUCAAGCCUCUGACUUCCAUUUCUGCACCGGGGGAUGAUAUCCCCGUUCCCCAAAUUGCUCAGGAAGGUGAGGGUCUGGAUUAUGAGUCAAAGCCCUUGAAUAUGUUCUGGGUUAUGCUGUUGGCAAUGAUGUUUCUCACCGAGAUUGGCAGAUCAAGCGGGGUGGAGGGCAGUGGGGGGUUGGGCAAAGGCUUUGAUGGAUGGGCGCCCUUUGGCCCUGGAAUUGUUUCUUCCAAUGUUAUUGCAGACCCCAAUUCUCUGCAUAUCUCCACCAAGCUGAAUGGGCAGACUGUUCAAUCCUCUUCAACCAGGGACAUGAUCUUCGGUGUAGCGAAGACGAUAGCCUUCUUAUCUCAGGGCACCACGCUCCUACCUGGGGAUCUCAUCUUUACUGGAACACCUCAAGGUGUCGGAAUGGGCCGCAAGCCUGCUCUGUGGUUGAAAGAUGGUGAUCAAGUCGAAGUUUCCCUCGAGGGUGUCGGUUCUUGUACCAACCGCGUGGUGUUUGAGAAGCCUAGCUCUAAGCUCUGA